AUGAACGACGACGAGCGCCCACCACCACCUUCAAGAAAAGGUGACGAGCACCCACCACCACCAUCAACCAACGGCCACAAUCACCACCACCGACAACAACGAGGGCCCAGCACCACCGUCAACGAAUGGCGACCAGGGUCCACAACCACCACCACCUCCAACGAGGGCCCACCUGUCAACGAACGGCGACGAGCACCUACGGGCCACGUCAAACGCCCACCAUGGAGUAGCCAGGUCCCUUGGGUAUGUGUAGUAGAUAGCGUAGUUGUAAAUACCUCUUGUGUUCCCUUGUUAGAAUACAAUUUAUUCUUUUGUUAA